AUGAAGGCUGCAAUUGAGAAAGUUAAAGGCAAUUUAUCAUCUCAUAGAAUGACCAUAAAAGAUAUAGUUUAAGAAGUUCUCAAGAAAUCUGAUGCAGACUUCUAGGAUGAUGAAGAUCUCAAAAACAUUGUGGCAUUGCUGUAGAAAGAUCCAAAUUAAAGAUCCCAAUUGGAUGUGGAUAAAAUUAGAUUGUCAUUUUUUAGAUUCAAGUUUUUCUCAGAAUUGGAAUAGUCAAUGGGAGCUGAAAUGGUUUAAGGAUUAUAUAAAUAAUUGGGUUACGAAUUAUAGAAGAAAAGACAGACAAUAUUUAACAUAGGCGACAUUGGAAAGAAGUUUUAUAUAAUUCUGAAGGGCAGUGUUUGGGUUCUGGUGUAGAAAAAGGGAUUGCAAGAAGGAUCUGGUCCUACAGAGGAGGAUUAAUAAUAAGAAGAACAAUUAAAGAACGAAAAAAAUAAGGAAAUGAUGGAGAACAUGAAAAAGAGCACAAGAAAAAAGUCUAAGAAAUCAAAACAUUAGGCAUUCGUCACGCAAGUAACAUUAGAUGACAUCUUUGCCACAAUGACAGAUUAAGAAUAUCUAGAUACUCAAUUUCCAACAUUAACAAAAGUAGGAAUAAUUAAUGCGGGGGAAAGCUUUGGAGAAAUUGCAUUGACUAAACAAGUGCCAAGAACAGCCACUAUUGUUGCAGCAGAAGAUACACAUUUUGCUACAGUUACUAGGGAUUAAUUUAAUAAAUUGUUGUCUGUUUUUUAUGAAACACAGCAAAAAUAGAAUAUUGGAUUUUUAAGUAAAGUUGCCAUAUUUUCUGAUUGGAAUGAAUAGAUGCUAAAUCAAUUGUAUUACCAUUUCAAAUUGGAGGAGAGAAAGUUAUUCUAAGUGAUUUACAAGGAAGAAGAAGAAGCAAAUACUAUAUAUUUACUUAAAUAAGGAGAAAUAGAAUUGUCACGCUCUGUCGAUAUUACUUAAUAGUAACUUACUCCUAAUCUUACACUGUAAAAAUUCUUUACUAAAACUGAAAGAAAAUUCGAAAGGGUUCGUACUUCUGUGAUAACUGCAGGUUAGAUCUUUGGACAUGAAGAAGUUUUGGCUGGAACUAAAAGACAAUAUAGAGCCAUGAGUAUAAGCUAGAAAGUCGUUUAUUUUGUAUUAGAUAAAUAGAGAUUCUUAUAGUAUUUUUAGAGGGGAUAAGCAAUUCAGAAACUCUAAAAAUUUGAUGCCAAGAAGCUAAAUUAAAGAACAUAAUCUUUGGAUAUCAUUAAAGAGCUUAAAAAAAUACCUUUAUUCACUGAACAUAGAGAUGUCCCAUUCAUAGACACAGCAUAAACUAAGACUAGAAUUAAGAACUCAGUCGAAAGAAUAGGAAAUCCAGUUGAACAUACAGGAUAUGAAAUGUUGCAAGGACAUGGCCAUAUAAACAAAGCACAUUAUAAUUUCAGAAGGAAUAUUGACAUUAUCAAAUAGAAUGUUUAGAACAGCGAACCAUUAUCAUUAGAUAAAGCUCUAUUUCACAUUGAGGCUAGCAAAGGUUCUUAGAUAAGCAUCAUCAAUAAAGUCUUUCCUGCAGCUGCAAGACCUAAAUAUUCAAUACCAGAAUGCUCUAUAUCAUCUUAAACGAUUAUUAAAUCUCUGAAGCUACCAAGGAUCUUAACUGAGGUCGAUUCAGUCAUGCUUAAUAGAACAAAUAAGGAGUACUUGAAUAGUUUCAAAGCUUCCUCUAUCUACUCAAUAGGGUUACCCGAUGAAUCAUAAAAAACAAUAAAUUGAUACUUGUUUCUUUAUUUAAUAGAGCUUAUUUA